AUGGAUGUGGAGUACCUGCGUGUGUCUGUCAUCAGAAAUCUGCUACCUAAACGUAAGUUCAAAGUUAAACGUGAAGAAGUCACUGCCUUAUUCGAUGAAGUCGACUUUCUGGAGGCUGAUGUUUUUAUUCAACCGCCUGAAAACCCUCUAUUGAGUGAUGAGGAUAGCGGUGACGAUGGCGACACCGACUUCACUCACUUCACAGGAAAUCAACUGCGUGGAGCCGCAGAGUUAAAGGCAAAACAGUUCACAAAUGAUGGUAUUGUACAAGUAGAUGUAUGUACAGAACAAGACAUAGUUGAUAACAAUCUAAGCGGCGAGUCUUCAUUACCUAUAACUGUAAUUCCGAAAGCAACUGUGUCUACAUUUAAAUCGGUACAAUCAGACUCUUUACAAAGACAAUACAUACCUACAGAACCAAGCACUUCUCAAUCUUUACAAGUGAACAAUAUAAAUCAAUCACAAUACCUUCCAUCUCAGUCGCUCCCAAGUUUGAAAAGAAAAAUUAAAACAAAACCGAGUUCCCACAAGUCAAAUGCAAGAAAAAAGACAAAAACAGAUAAACAAAGAACAUGGAAUAAUGUUGACAUUCCUAAUAAGCCUGAGAGGGAAUUUGAAAGGCCUUCGUGGCUCGAAAAAGAUUUCACUCCAACAGAAAUGUUUGAAAAACUUUUAACUAAUGAGAUUAUCGAACAUGUUGUUGAGAGUACUAAUAUUUAUGCCUUGCAAAGUGGUAAUGAAUCUUUUAAUGUUUCAAUAGAAGAAAUGCGCAUAUUCAUGGCAAUAUUGUUUCUGAGUGGAUAUUGUAUUGUACCACGGAAGAGGAUGUACUGGGAAUUAUCUCCGGACACUCAUCAUGACACUGUGUCAAAAGCUAUGAGCAGAAACAAGUUUGAAGAGAUUCUUCGAUAUUUUCAUGUCUGUGAUAAUGCAAAUUUAGAUGUCUCAGAUAAAUUUGCCAAAAUACGUCCUUUGUGGAAUAUGUUGAAUGAACGAUGGCUUCAAGCUUACCCUGGCGAUGCAAAUAUAAGCAUCGACGAAUCAAUGGUUCCAUACUUUGGACGACAUGGUGCUAAACAGCAUAUACACGGGAAACCUAUACGGUUUGGGUACAAAGUUUGGUGA